UAACUGAAAUCAAUCAAACCCAAACUUCACAUUCCCGCCACAUCUCCAUCUCCCAGCGUGUGUGUGAGAGAGAGAGAGAGAGACCGCCAUGGAUGUGAAGCAAGCAAGCUUAUCACUAGAUUCUAUAGUUUCAUCCUUCAACGCUCGCAUUGCAGAGCUCCAAGAUCUCGUCGUCGCCCGUAACAUGUAUCCUGCGAGCAGCGUCACCGAUUUGUCAGCAGUUGACGCUACAUUGAAGGCUUUGGAGCUUCAGUUACAACAGAUCAAAGAUAGAUUGCGUGAAGAAACCCUAGCCAUUCCUAAAGCCAAGAAGCUGAUUCAGGCAUCUCUACAGCAACAGAAGAAGUUGCAGAAUAUGUCUGCAUACGUGCCAUCAUAUUUACCUCAACCCGAAAGGGAAGAAGUUGCAGAAUGUUCUGUAAUAGACGAACCCUCAAGGCAAGAUCAUUCUUUCGGGAUUCAUGAUCCUAAAGAGGAGCCUCUACCGUUACCCAAAGUGAUUGUGGAGAAGGCUGAAAAAAGCGACAUUCCUAACAUUGACAAGAAGAAAUACCUUGUCCCUGCUGAUCUUACUGUUGGGCAGUUUGUGUACGUGAUACGUAAACGAAUCAAGCUGAGCGCAGAAAAAGCUAUUUUUAUUUUCGUGGAGAACGUCCUUCCACCUACUGGUGCAAUAAUGUCUACAAUUUAUGAUGAGAAGAAGGAUGAAGAUGGAUUCCUCUAUGUUACCUACAGUGGGGAGAACACAUUCGGGUCUGAUCGUUAGUGAAGUUCUUGUCAAUAUGACGCUAAGUGUUUGCCUUUGCUGAUAAUGAUUCUUAUUUUCUGUAUAGCUGUUUAGUAAAUAUUCUCUACAAAAUUGUUGAAUUCUAUCCAGUUAAUCAAUAACACAGUUUCGUUCAGAUUCUUUUGUCGAA